AUGGCUGCUGCCGCCCGUCUGCUGACUGAAGAUCAGCUUCUGUGCUCCGUCUGUCUGGAUGUGUUCACCGAUCCGGUCAGCACGCCGUGUGGACACAACUUCUGCAAAGCCUGCAUGUGUAAAUACGCAGAUCCUGACGUCCCGUUCCAGUGUCCCGUCUGCAUGAAGAUGUUCUACCCAAAGCCCGAGCUGCAGGUCAACACUCUGAUCUCUGAGAUGGUCAAUGCCUUCAGACGCUCAGAGCAACAGCCAGGAGAGAAACUGGUGAAGAUGGAGGCUGAAAUCCAGCAGACGAUCGAGGAGAUCCGACUGAAGAUUGAGGAGCUCAAACGCUCAGUGGAGCUCGGCAAAGAGGAAGCAGACAGAGAGAUGGCAGAUGGCGUUCAGGUCUUUGCUGCUCUUAAAGAGUAUGUGGCCAAGCUCACGGAGGCCAUCAGAGAGAAGCAGAGACAAACAGAGCUGCAGGCUGAAGGCUUCAUCAGAAAGAUGGAGCAGGACAUCCGUGAGCUGAAGAAGAGGAAGACGGAGGUGGAGCUGCUCUCUGUGCUUCAGCUGGAGGAACCACUGUCUGAGGAGAUGAAGGAGAAACUACCCAAGAUGCUCGCCAGGUUCGAGCUGAGGCGGGUUCAGAGCUACGCAGUGGACGUGACGUUUGAUCCAGACACAGCAAAUCCUUGCCUCGUCCUGUCUGAUGAUGGGAAACAAGUUCACGAUAGUGAUGUGAGGCAGAAGCUUCCAGACAACCCAGAGAGAUUUUCUUACUGUAUUAAUGUUUUAGGAGAGCAGAGUUUCUCUUCAGGCAGAUUUUACUUUGAGGUUCAGGUUAAAGGAAAGACCGAGUGGACUUUAGGAGUGGCCACAGAGUCGACCAACAGGAAGGCUCAAAUCACACUGAGUCCUCGGGACGGUUUCUGGACUGUGAGGCUGAGAGAUGGAUACGAGUACAAAGCUAAGGCUGACCCUGAUGUCGCUCUCUCUCUCCGGUCUGGUCCUGAGAGGGUGGGGGUGUUUGUGGACUAUGAUGAGGGUCGGGUCUCUUUUUAUGACGUGUCUGCUGCAGCUCUGAUCUACUCCUUUACUGGCUGCUCCUUCACUCAGAAGCUCCGCCCAUUCUUCAGUCCUGGUCUGAAUGAUGAUGGUAGAAACUCUGCACCGCUAAUCAUCACCCCCAUUGAUUAG